AUGAGCCGCAACUUUGUUAGGGGUCUGCAGACUACGACCAGAAUGCUGAUGCAGUUCGUUGGUGGUGUCACCGCAGAUGAUAUCCUUGUCAGUAAUGGAGUCACAGGGGCAGCAUGGGAACAGUCCGCGAGGAGAGUGACAGAUACCAUAGAGAAAGCCGAUCCAAGAAUCACUGUUGCCAGAAUUGAGGGUGCUAGAGCGCAUUAUUCACCCAAAGACAAGAAAGAUCACGAGAUGGUUGUCACAAGAGGGCUUGCUACCGCUGCUGGAAUGCAAGUUGGCUCUGUACAAGUGCACGUCAAUAGCACUUUCCAAUUCUUUCCUUCUCUUGCUGGAAGAAAGGUGGAUGUGAUGGAAAUAUUUCACGUGCUCAAAUUGAGGGUCAUAUCAAUAACUCGGAAAGCGAUACUACCAACGAGAGAAGCGACACCAGCCAACGCAGCCAGGACUGAAUCACAGCAAAUGGUGCAAUACAACUAG